AUGUACACCAUAGCCGUCUUCGGGAACUUUACCAUCCUGUUCAUCGUAAAGAGGGAGCGGAGCCUCCGUGCCCCCAUGUAUUAUUUCCUCUGCAUGCUGGCCAUCACCGACCUGGUGCUGUCUACAUCCAUGGUGCCCAAAAUGCUGAGCAUCUUCUGGUUCAAUUCCAGGGAGAUAGAUUUCAGUGCAUGCCUCACUCAGAUACAUUCCACCCUCCUGGCAAACCAUGUGGUGGCCAAGAUUGGCUUGGCUGUGGUGCUGCGUGGUGGCAUUCUCAUACUGCCCUAUCUCAUCCUGACGAGGCAGUGGCCAUACUGUGAAACCAACAUCAUCCCCGAUACGUACUGUGCACAUAUAGCAGUGGUGAAGCUGGCUUGCGCUGAUACCCGUAUCAGUAGUUACUACGGCCUCUUUGUGCUAUUCUGUGUGAAGGCUCUCUUCUCCUCCCUCACGUACCGGUUUGGCCAGAAUGUGGCCCUACAUUUCCGUGUUCUCAUUGGCAACGUGAACCUCCUGGUGCCUCCCACGCUAAAUCCCAUCAUCUAUGGUGUGAGGACCAAACAGAUCCGGGACAGGCUGCUCCGGCUCUUUAUUCAUAAAGACAUCUAA